AUGGUUCCCCGAUUUCCUCGUUUUUCAUUCAAAGUUCUAUUGGUCUUACUGUUUGCUCUUUCUGUAUUCAUUCUAUUCUAUUCAGUUGUACGGGAUGCAUCCCCGGAAGUAAUAAAGCAUGUAAGACUGAAUGGAAAACAGUUUACACAUACAUUCAUUCACUCAGCAUAUUACUAUCCAUCAUCGAAAUCACUUGGAAAAAAUGCAGUUGCUCUUGUUACCACCAUGAACAAAAGGACGGUUGGAAAGAUCACUGACUACAAAAUCAAGUUGGUUGGAACUAAUAGGACAGCUAAAUUCGAAAAUCAAGCAUGGGUUUCAACGUAUAACUUUGAAAACAUAGAGCACCGACUGUUUGAGAGAUGUGAUUAUCUUCUUAUCACAGCGCAAUCUAAUAUGCUGGACAAUAUGGAAAAGCUGGAGAUUGAGGCGGAAGGUGUACUUGUAGAGGUUCCAAUCAAAAAACCGGUGAUCAAUGCUCCGAAGCCAGUCAUUUUUUGUGUAUCUCCACAAUUUGCGGCAGAGCAGUGGCAAACAUUCUUGGUUCAGCUUCAUGUUUCCAAAAAAUAUGGGGCACAUCUUCAUCUCUACAUUGUUUCAAUGGUUGAAUCCUAUUUCAAUUUGAUCCGAGAGUACCAAAAAAUGGGAUUAGUUUCUAUAGAACCAUGGCUCACUAUCAAAUUCCCAGUAACCGAUGGUCCUUAUCUGGAACCAAAUCGUAAUGUUGAGCUCCGAAAUCAAGCUGCAGCUCACACCGAUUGUCUUUUAAUGUACAAAGAAGCAGCUAGUUUUGUUGGAAUACUGGAUAUGGAUGAUAUUCUGAUUCCAACAAAUGCCAACUCUUAUUAUGAAGAAUUCGAAAGAGAAUAUUCAGGAGACUGGUUGAUCAGUGCACUUCACUACGACAAAUACGAUUACAAAACUAUCAAAGUGGGCGAUCUUGGUUCUCAAUCACUAUCUGCCAUCGUCAAAAACGCAGAGCGUCUUCCAACGAAGGACACUGGAAAGUCAUUCCUCCGACCGGAGAGAUUCAAUUCAACUUGGAGUCAUUGGUCAAGGGCAGCUGAGAAAGUGCCAAUUUAUUUUGAUGAAAACGGAGAAAGAUUGAAAGAACCAGUAUUCCGAAAAUUGAAAACUAUCAGUAACAAUGGAAUGUUCCAUUUGAAAAAUAUGUACUUGAAGUCGUUGGAUGAAUUGAAAGGAGGGGAAAUUCCGUUGAAUCCAACUGGUCAGCUGGCUAAAAUGAUAAGUGAUAAUCAUUUGAAUGAAAUCGAUGAAGACAUGAAAAAAAUGCUUUCCCUUCCACGUAUUGCUCAGCUUGCUGAUACAUUGCCUCAAGAAGAAUUCUACAUGCCGAUUAUUUUCAACUGUUAUAAUCAGUCAUUCUAUCACCUUCGAGACACUAAUCAAAUGAGACCUAACAUCCUUUGUGUCAAUGCUUACAGUUGUGAUCUACCACAAAGAGAAGAUAUGCCAUGCGUUCAUUCCGAUGCCACGUACCACUCUGGACCUUCUAUGUGGCCAAUUACUUAUCAUUUCGCAACGAAUGCGUUUUUCUCAAGAGAUAUUGGGUGCUACCAGUAA